AGUGCAGUGGUUGACCUGGCUCGAUUCUGAUUGGUUAGGAAAGACGAGCCCUUUUUCCCACGUUCUAACAAACAAGAAAGUGACGGCUUACAUAACACAUAUUACUGCUGUUUCCACCAUCAGUGUAAUCUCCUUUAACGCGGUCAAUGUUUAGUACAAGAACGUAGAGCUCAAAGGAUUCAAUCAAUAAACACACAGUACACACACGUCUGCAAAGAGUAUAAAUUUUGUAAACCAAAGGCCGGAUCAAGCUCCACAUUAGAGGUAUAUUGACGUAUUGGAUAUAUACUUGUACAUGUACUUCAUCUUCAGAAGAAAACCUACUACUACCUAGAAGAGAUUGAUCCUCAAAGGCAUCAUUAUUUAAAAUAAAUGCCUAACCUUGAAUACUGUACAGUGUACACUACUAAAAGCACUGUACACUACUAGACUACCUCUAUUUUAGUCAGAGGCACAACGUUUAAUUAAUAAAAACAAAAUUGGACACUUAUUGAGAAAAUAUCUGAAUAUCUAACAUCAAGGACAUUGUAUACAGAAUCAUGUUGGCAAGCUUAAGGAGAACUGUCCAAACAGCUGUUGAGAAACUUGGUGCGAGGAGCUAUGUUGUCUCAACAGGUUCUAUGAAAUUUAAUGGUGGGGCAGCUGAACCCGAGUCUGACAGAGAUGAACCAGUAUCAGAGAUUAACCCUGAUGUUCCCAGGAUUCUCAUUACAGGCAGCUUAGGCCAGCUAGGAACAGGUCUUGCAAAAGUGUUAAGGGGUAAAUAUGGCAAGCAGCAAAUUAUAAUGUCUGAUAUCAUGAAGGCUCCUAGGCACAUCUUAGAAAGUGGUCCAUAUUUGUAUGCCGAUAUUCUGGAUUUCAAGAACUUGCAAGAGAUAAUUGUCAACGAGCGUGUUGAUUGGCUGAUCCAUUUUAGCGCCCUCUUAAGUGCAGUAGGAGAAGUAAACAUUCCAUUGGCAAUGAGAGUCAACAUUGAGGGUCUUCAUAAUGUUCUAGAGUUGUCCAAGCAGUACCAGUUGAAGUUAUUUGUGCCAAGUACAAUAGGUGCAUUUGGCCCAGAUUCACCAAGAAAUCCCACCCCAGAUCUCACAAUUCAGAGACCACGCACCAUCUACGGGGUGUCCAAAGUGCAUGCUGAACUUAUGGGAGAGUAUUACAACCAUAGAUUUGGUGUAGAUUUCCGGAGUUUGCGUUUCCCUGGCAUCAUCUCGGCUGAUACAAAUCCAGGGGGAGGCACCACAGAUUAUGCAGUUCAAAUAUUCCAUGAUGCACUCACCACUGGAAAACAUGAAUGCUACCUCAAGCCAGACUGCAGACUUCCUAUGAUGUACAUAGAUGACUGUUUAAGGGCACUAAGUGAGUAUAUGGAGAGCCCACAAGAACUGUUGCGCUACAGGACAUAUAAUGUGCAUGCAAUGAGUUUCUCUCCAGAGGAGUUAGUGGAAGAAGUGCGCAAACAUGUUCCCCAUUUAGAAGUCACAUAUAAACCAGAUGGCAGACAGAAUAUAGCCGAGGCCUGGCCACAGGUUUUUGAUGAUUCUGGUGCAAGAAGGGACUGGAACUGGGAACACCGAUACAAUCUGUCUCAUCUUUGCGAAAUCAUGUUCAACUACUUGAAACCAAAAUAUGGAGUUAAAUAGAGACAUGGCUGAAAUGAGAGUUUAUAAAACUGCCCCAUUUUUGAUGGAUAAAAGUAUCCAUAAUGAAAUGCCAUUUUUAAUCAUCGUGUGCGGUGCAGAAAUGGAAAGACCAGAAUGCUUUUGUGUGUCAAAAUUUCUUCUUUACUUUUAUAUAGAAUUUGCUAGAACAUAUUGUUCCAAUACACAACAGGCCUGAAAACAACAACCCAAGUUGUCAUGGAAAUUUCAUUCUCUGCACCUCACUGUUGUUAUUUUGCAAUUUUUAUGACAUUCCACAUAAUCAUUCCAUCUUGUGGAGUGAAUUCUCUCACUUUACAAGGCAGCUACAACUACAAACAGUGCAGCUAUAUCUCCAAACAAGGCAGCUACAGCUACAAACAGUGCAUCUUUACCCUCUAAACAAGGCAGCUACAUCUCCAAACAGUACAGCUACAAACAAGGCUGGGAUUAGAAAUAGAUGAAGAACUGUGAAAAAAUUGGAUAAAAAGAUUUGUCAUGCUCUUUUGAGUCUUAUUUGAUAACUGUUCAUUUGAACCUUUGUACGAGUACAUUAUAACACCUGUAAGGUGGAACACCUUUAGAUGUUAAACACAUCUGUUAGUGGAAC